AUGGAAAUCGCCCAAACUCCUCUUCAGUUAACUCAAGAUCAUCAAGAUGGAAGAAUCACAGGCGAAGGAAACACAUCGCCAUUGCGCUGGUCACCACCAACAUCAGCAGCGCUGGUGGCAGCGGCGUUAGCACCACCAGCUCUCCGACCCUGGCUACCAGACCCGCCCACCAAGAAGCCCAACCACUUGGGCCUGAUCUGCGUGGUUUGCGGAGACACCAGCUCUGGGAAGCAUUACGGGAUCCUCGCCUGUAAUGGCUGCAGCGGCUUCUUCAAGAGAAGUGUGCGUAGGAAACUCAUCUACAGAUGUCAAGCCGGCACGGGUCGCUGUGUGGUGGACAAGGCACACAGAAACCAGUGUCAAGCCUGCCGACUCAAGAAAUGCCUCGCCAUGGGCAUGAAUAAGGAUGCGGUGCAGAAUGAGAGACAGCCUCGCAACACAGCGACCAUCAGGCCUGAAGCCCUGAGAGACAUGGACCAGGAGCGAGCUCUCAGGGAGGCUGCUGUUGCUGUCGGGGUCUUUGGCCCCCCAGUAUCUCUGGCAAUGGCGCUCUCUCCAGCGCGAUACCCGCUUCUCUCGCCGCACUACGCGCCGCUGCCGCCCCAGCCGACGCAGCCGACACCCGAUUCUUCAGACCACAAUAACCACGACAAUCAUCACUCUGAUAGCGAUGAUGACAGCAUCGAUGUGACGAAUGAAGAAGACUCCACGUCAUACUCUCCUCCCGCUGCGCCUGCGUAUCCGCAAAGUUGCGCGCCGUACAGACCUCUUGGAGUGGAAAGUGCAGCAGAAACCGCGGCCCGACUGCUGUUCAUGGCGGUGAAGUGGGCCAAGAACCUGCCUUCAUUCGCGAGCCUAGCCUUCAGAGAUCAGGUGAUUCUGUUAGAAGAAGCGUGGUCGGAGCUGUUCUUGCUGAACGCUAUACAAUGGUGCUUGCCUCUUGACGCUGCGUGCACCGCGCUAUUCGGAAGCGAGCAGACUGACCAAGAAAACGGCACAAACUCGCCUACUCUUCGUCGGCUUCGCGAGGUGCUGGCGAGAUACCGCGCUGUGCUGGUUGACCCAGCGGAGUUUGCUUGCAUGAAAGCCAUUGUGCUCUUUAAAUCUGAGACCCGAGGCCUCAAAGACCCCCUCCAGAUCGAAAACCUCCAAGACCAAGCACAAGUGAUGCUGAUGACUCACGCUCGUACAGCACACGGAGCUGCGCCGGCGCGCUUUGGGAGGUUACUCCUAUUGCUUCCUCUGCUGCGCCUGCUCACCCCGCAACACAUAGAGCGUGAAUUCUUCGCCAAGACUAUCGGACACACGCCCAUGGAGAAAGUGCUCGCAGAUAUGUAUAAGAAUUGA